UUAACACAGUCAGCGAGUGUUCAUACCAAAUAUCAUAAAAAUGUCUGCCUUAAAUAAAGAUAAAAGAGAAGAAUUACAAGAAGCAUUCACCAUGCAUUGUCAAGCUGAUAACAAAGUUGCAUUAAACCAACUUGGUAUGGUGAUCAGAUCAACAGGAUGUAGUCCUACUCAAUCAGAAUUACAUCAAAUUAUUAAAGAUCUAGAAAGUAAAGGUAUGCGAAGUUUAGAGUUUAACCAAGUAGUAAAUAUUGUGGAGAAACACAACUUUGCCAGUGAAUCCAUGGAAAGUUUAAAAGAUGCUUUCAGAAUAUUUGAUAAAGAUGGCAAUGGUUUUAUCAAUGCAGCAGAGUUACGUCAUGUCUUGUGUAACCUGGGUGAAAAAUUAACUGAUGAGGAAGUAGAUGAGAUGAUUAGAGAAGCUGAUUUAACAGGAGAUGGUCAAGUAAACUAUGAUGAGUUUGUAAAGGUAUUAUUAGGAGGCUAUUAAAAUCACAGUUAUUAUUAUUAUAAGAUAUAUAUUAUUAUUAUUGUAAGCUCACUGUAUACUAAUACAUAUCAUUAUUAAUUGUUUUAAUUUGUACUUUCACUGUAACUUAUGAAGUUUUACUUAUAGAUAAAUAUGACUUUAUGAAAAUGUAUGUAGAUCUACAGCUCUAGAUAUUUCAUGUUUUUUUUUUUUGUGCGUGAAAUAAUGCGUAAAAAAUAUAAAAAUCUGUCUGUUAGAUUUAAGCAAAAUGUUUCUUUGAAUCCUGGAAGUUAAUUUUUUGCAUUUCUCUUAAGUAACAGUAGAAAUGUUAGUUAUUUGUGGCUUAGUGACUAUAGAAAUCGUUAGUGGCCUUAUAUUGUUUAGUUAAGUGAUGCACACAUUAGCUAUGCAAUUUUAAUAUUUCUAGCUGGCAAAAAGUAGAAGUAUAAAUGAAUUAACACAAUUUCAAUUGUGUUCUUCACAUAUUUAGACUCCUUAAAAAUGGCAGUUGUUGAUUUAUAUUCUGGUAUAAGUGAAAAUAAGAGAUACAAUGUCAUACAAAUUAAAUUUUUGUUUUUAAGAUUUGUAUAUUAGUUUCUACUGAACUACAUAAUUUUGUAUGAAAGUUUUUUACCAUAUAAAGCCUUAAUGCAUUCCUAAAAUCCAUUCAAAACCAUUCCACUCUCUAUCCCAAGUAAGGAAUCAAUUUUUGAUAACCAUGGUGAUGAAACCAAGUUUGUCUCAAAUUAUUUCUCUGAAAUGUUUCAGCCCCAUUUACUGUCAUAAAUAUUGAGGUCUAAUAAUGACAUAAUGGUCUGUAAACUAGGAAUAGCUCUACCAGUUUAUAUCAGGGACUAGUAGACUUCGAAAAAACUUGAAAUCGAUAUGGAAAAAUCAGUCUUCCUGAAUAAGAUUCAUUAUCAAGGCUAUGUUUUGUUAUUGCUUGGGUCAAGUCUCUGAUAUCAGGCACAAGCUGCCAAUCGACUAAUACUGUAAACUUUUCUUAUCAGCCAAGUGAUCACCAAAACUAGAGGAUAUGAAUGGGUUUCCCUUGAAAAAUAUUGCAUUGCACAGGUCUCUGAUUAGCAUGCUCUUGUUGUGGCUUCUGAUUGAUACCAAAUCCAUCUUUAUUAUUGAGAACAAUCCAAUGUUGAGUAAUGUGUCACAUUAAUCCACUAUGUAAUGAAAUAUUAUUAAACAUCACUAUUUUCUAGU